CUUUUUUACAUUUAAUUCACAAUGUCACCUGUGGCUAUUUCUGACGCUGUGAAAGCUCAAGCCGAGAAGAUCAAAGGAGAAGCCAAUGCUCUUUUUGCUGCAAAGCAUUACAAAGAAGCCAUUGAAAAAUAUAGUGCUGCAAUUGAUCUCAAUCCUAAUGUCGCUGCCUAUUUCUCUAAUCGCGCAUUCUGCCAUUUGAAAUUGGAAUCUUAUGGUUAUGUGAUCUCCGAUGCUGAUGCUGCCCUGGCACUCGAUCCCAAUUUUACAAAGGCCAACUAUCGCCGCGCUACUGCCAACAUGGCACUCGGCAAGUUCAAGGAGGCUUUGAAAGAUCUUCGUGUGGUUGUCAAAAAUGCACCUGGAGAUAAAGAUGCCAAGCUUAAAUUGGACGAGUGCGCAAAGAUCGUUAAGCGUAUUGAAUUUGAGAAAGCAAUUGAGCAUGAUGACCACGCGCCCAGUGCUGCCGAUUCUUUGGAUGUUGAUGCAAUUGUUGUGGAAGCUUCAUACGACGGACCAAAGAUUGCAGAAGAUAAAAAGAUCACAGAAGGAUUUGUGAAGGACUUGGUAGCACGGUUCAAGGACCAAAAGAAGAUCCAUCGUAAAUAUGCAUUUAUGAUCAUCUUGGGUGUGCGUAAGAUGAUGAUGGAAUCCCCUUCAUUAAUCGAUAUCAAGGUUCCUGCUGGUGGAAAGCUCACCGUGUGUGGUGAUGUUCAUGGUCAAUUCUACGAUUUUAUCAAUAUUUUCAACACCAACGGCUGGCCCUCUGAAAAACAUGCUUACCUUUUCAACGGUGACUUUGUUGAUCGUGGAAGUUUCUCCUUGGAAGUCGUCUUGACCUUGUUUGCUUACAAGCUGUUGUUCCCUGAUCGGGUAUUCCUUGCCCGUGGCAACCACGAAACAGACAACAUGAACAAGGUGUAUGGUUUUGAGGGUGAAGUCAAGGCCAAGUUCAGUGAUAUGAUGAUGUUCAAGAUUUUCUCAGAGACAUUCAACUCUCUUCCUUUGGCACAUGUAAUUGGAAACAAGAUUUUGGUUGUUCACGGUGGUCUGUUCUCUCGUGAUGAUGUUACUCUAGAUGAUAUUCGCAAAAUCGACCGUCUUGCUCUUCGUCAGCCUGGAAAUGAUGGUUUGAUGUGUGAACUCUUAUGGUCUGAUCCUCAACCUCAGCCAGGUAGAGAGCCCAACAAGCGUGGUGUCGGUAUUCAGUUUGGCCCUGAUGUUACAAAGGCAUUUUUGGAAAGAAACGGCCUCGAUAUGUUGAUUCGUAGUCAUGAAGUUAAGGAAGAGGGAUAUGUGAUUGAGCAUGACGGCAAGUGUGUCACUGUUUUCUCUGCUCCCAACUACUGUGAUUCUGUUGGUAACAAGGGAGCUUACAUUAACAUUACACCCGAUAUGGUAUUGGACUAUGUUACAUUCGAGGCAGUGCCUCAUCCCAAUGUAAGACCAAUGCAGUAUGCCAGUCAAUUUAGCGGUAUGUUGGGCAUGUAAAAAAAAAGCACACACACACACACAUAAGCAAAAAAAACCCCCCAAUCGGUUUUUCCUUUUCUUCUUCAUUUUCAUCCUUGGCUUUUUGGGUCGGGUUUAUAAAAAAUGGAAGCAACCAAAGGGAAAGUGUAUCAAUCGACAAAGGAAAAAAAAAACAAAAAAUAGUCGUCUCCUUUAAUACUAUCUAUUAUUCUUUCUUGGCCGGUUUACUUUAUGUUAUAUAUAUAUAUACUCCAAAAAAAAACACUUAAUCUUUAGACAUAUAUGUCACCCAAAUU